AUGCCGCUGCCGGCGUCCGGGCUGCGAGUGUUGGACAGCGAGGGCGGCGGUCCCGAGUUCGUGCGCGUCUCGUGCCCCGGCGAGCGCUGGCAGGACCUGCACGCCUUCGUGCCCCUCACCAGGCCCGCCUACAACUGCUCCGCUGCUGACGGCUCCUGCGGCGGGGAUACGGCGGCGAACGACUCUGUGAACGUGCUGAUGCUGGGCCUGGACGCCGUCUCGAGACUCAACUUCCACCGCCAGAUGCCUCUGACUGCCGACAUGCUGCGGGAACUCGACGCCAUCGAGAUGCUGGGCUAUAACAAGGUUGGCGACAACACGUUCCCCAACAUGCUGGCGGCGCUCAGCGGCCACACGGAGCGUGAGCUGCGGGACUCCUGCUGGGACGGCAAGGCGGCCUUCAACCCCUGCCCCUGGGUCUGGUACAACUACAGCGCAGCAGGACACCGGACGAUGUUCAUCGAGGACUCUCCGUACCUGGGCAUGUUCCACUUCGAGAAGCCGGGCUUCUCUGAGCCUCCCACGGACUACUACCCUCGACCCUACAUGCGCGCCGUCGACAAGGAAUUGGGCCACGCCGGCACCGAGACUACGAGCAGGUGCGCUGGCGAGCGGCUUCAGGUGUCCGUGUUGCUGACGUACGUUCGCAAGUUCGUGGAAGCGAUGGGCUCUGCUGGCUGGCGCUACUGGGCACUGGGGUGGAGCACGUCCGUGACGCACGACCGGCUCAACGGUCCGCAGCUGGCGGAUAGCGAGCUCAGCAGCUUUCUGCGCUGGCUGAGGGACACGGGUGCACUGCAGUCCACCGUGCUCAUGCUGCUCAGCGACCACGGCAUUCGCGCCGGCGCUUUCCGGCAGACGCGGCAGGGCCAGCUGGAGGAGCGGCUGCCGCUGCUGGCCGUGGCGCUGCCCCCCUGGUUCUCGCAGCGCUACCGCGCCGCCGCGCGCAACCUGCGCCGCAACGCGCGCCGCCUCAGCACGCCCUUCGACCUGCACCGCACGCUGCUCGACCUGGUAUGGGUAGAUCACAUAACUAAUGAGGAGAUACUGAAUGCCCAGUGCGAUCUCAAAUCGGCUCUGGCUCAGGCAGGCUCAGUGAUUACUAGAGAGAAGCCGGGCCGCGGCCGCAGCCUGUUCACGGCGCUGCCGGAGUCGCGCACGUGCGCCGACGCGGGCGUGCACGUGCACUGGUGCGCGUGCAAGCGCGGCACGCGGCCGCUGGCGCCGCAGUCGGGGCUGGCACGCGCCGCCGCGCAGCGCUUCGUGCACCAGCUGAACGCGCGCCUCGCGCCGCUGCGCGCGGCCCGCGGGGGCAGGGCCGGGGGAGAGCGGCUGUGCGCGCAGCUGCGCCUGCGCCGCGUGCUCUCCGCGCUGCGCAGCCCGCACGACGUCACCGUCACCCUGGAGACGGCGCCGGGCGGCGCCGUCAGCCGCGUCAACAUGUACGGCAACCAGAGCGCCUGCAUCUCCGACUUCCACCUCAAGCUCUUCUGCUACUGCCGUCGGAGGAAAGGAACAGAUUCGAUGAAAUCCAGUAAUGGUACACAGCCUAAUUCUGUGGAAUGGAAGCAUGAAAUCUGUCGAGCUUAAGCUCAACAACUAGCGCCCAGAUCGCCAUUACGUGCCCCAUGUCCUCACUCCAUUAGGCGGCAGAGGGCUAAACUUGAAACGGAACUCAGGGUGUCGGUACAGCGUUGCUGAUCAGACACCCGUCGACCCGAAGUGCAGAGUAAACUGUGCUGAUGAAACCUCCUUCGUCCACCACGAUAGCAAGACUAUCUUUGGGCCCAAUAUUCGAUAGCAAUCCCAGCUGCGGCAGUUGAUUCCUUUCCGUUAAAUCUAAAGUUCAUCGAGUUGCAUCAGUUUGAAGACCAUUUUCCAUGACGAAUUUCACACGGCUGUGAAAAUGCCUUCCGUGUCUUAAUUCGCCAACCUACUUGCUAUAUUGAAUACAGCAGAAACAGAAUGUGAGCUAGUGGGGUCACGCGCGUAUUGCUUAGAAUUGAUCUGUGCAAUGCUAUUUGCAGCCCAAAACUGUCAUAGAGCUGCUGAAUAAUAGGAUGAUGUGGUGGCUACCGCCUCUUAUUCUUAUUCUUUGGAAUUGAGAGGAUAACCCCAGUUGCUGGGUUGCAACACACGCACCAUGUUGGUUUUGGUGACGUUCGUGUGUAAUGAUUGGAGGGUCGUGGAUCCAGUAGCACAAAGUUGUGGUGACACAUCACAAGUUGUAUAUACCAUCAUACCGUAUACGCAAGUCUGAAUCAGUGCAUGCGUCGUUGAAUUUCAUAUUAUGCCAUAACGCUGCCUUGCACCCAACCAUUUUAUGCCAUAGAACAGGGUGUUUCAAAAGGCUCUUGCAAUUUCACUGUAGUAUAUCUUCCGCGUGAAUGAAAAUAGAAGCCGGCCGCUGUGGCCGAGCGGUUCUAGGCGCUUCAGUCCGGAACCGCGCGACUGCUGCGGUAGCAGGUUCGAAUCCUGCCUCGGGCUUGGAUGUGUGUGAUGUCCUUAGGUUAGUUAGGUUUAAGUAGUUCUAAGUUCUAGGGGACUGAUGGCCUCAGAUGUUAAGUCCCAUAGUGCUCAGAGCCAUUUGAACCAUUUGAUUUUUGAAAAUAGAACCUCGGGGUGAAUUUUAAUUUACGCUUAGGUCAAUAAAAGUUUAAUUUUCGAAAUAACCAUCCAGCUUUACAACAAUCGGGCUCUACAGAUUCUUUUUCAACAGUCGCUAUCUAAAUUAUUUAUAUUUGCCAUAGGUGGCAAAAAACGCAACAAAAUUUCAGUGUUUAUGAAAAAACGUUCUUUUUUCAUUAUGCAGUACUCGAAAGGUGUAGCUAUCACCGGUUUGUAUUAAUUCUGGUCAUCUUCAGUUAACGUCAGUUUUACCAGUGUCGGUCAAAGACGAUAUUCCUUUGACUGAUAUUGUAUGAGGAUGAUAAAGCAAGGCGGAUGAUAUGAUACUAGAAGUAACCGAAACUAAUAUUAACUAUUACGAGUGUAACAAAACAGUGGUGUGACGAAUAUUAUGCGGAAGUUCAGAUUUAUAUAAUUAAAGGAUGCAGAGUUUUCAUAUAAGAACACACUUCGGUUCGAUUUCAGAAAUGGUGUGCGCUGAGAGUGGUACAUGAUGACAGAUAGUGUGCCAAGGGCAAUUCGUCUGUGACGUGUGUUUGCUAACGCCGUAAUAGGUAUGGUGGUACUUGACUACACGUGACGCGAAUACCGCAGUAUUUUCCACUGUCGAGCAGUUCACCAGAGAUGGAAUUUUACUAAUAAUAUUGUAAUCUAUAUUAGAUGUACGUAGUCGUGCCGGGCUGUAUGAUACGCACACAUCAUCUAAUGGAGCACCUUGCAUGUAGGUCUACAUUUUCUUCGUGCACGCAGGAAGGUUCCUGUUUCACAAUAGUUUGUGCUGCGAAACGCGAGCAACUGGAUCUCAUCCAGUCCCGGAACAAGACCCUGCUGGAAAUAUGAACGAUAAAGAAUAAGUAAUCGAUUAUUCGGAGUGAAAGAUUCGGUCCAUGACACAAAGCUAACACAAUGUUGCGCUUAUACGCGGGAUUUGCGUUGCGCGUAGCUGCGUUGCAAAAUGACAGGAAAAUGGUUAUCUCGAACGAACAUACCUGGAGAACGCCUCGAAACGGCCUCUCCUCACGUCGCCCAGAUGAUGCAGCUGCAGCGACCUUUCGCGGAACUCUGAUUGAGAGACAGUUACAGAGAAACUCAUCUCAUCUCUUAUCGCGGGUCGAAUUAAUGACCCAUUGUAUUGUAAAUGGUCCAGUUACUGAAGCAGUUUUAUGGCAUCCCUCAAAUUGGUUUUCUCUGUAGGUAGCUUAGAUGCAUUUGUGCUGAGGUACUGUUCUUCUCACUCUGUGGAGAUUGCGCUUGUCUUACAAGAGUGCUCUGUGCCGUAAAUUCCUGUGUUCUUUGUCAUGUGCAGGGACAAACGGACCUCGUAUUAUAAACCAUGCUGUUUUUCCUCUUCGUUCGGAGCCGGCGGUAGGCUGCAUGCGAUCUAGUUUCACUAACGCUAAGGGGAGUCACGUUGGUACACGUUGCACUUAAAUAGCUGAUUCGGCUCUUGCCGUCCACCUCUUGUAUCACUUAUACGACAGUCAGUUUCUAAAUGAAGGGCCCCUGCUACAGAAUAACAAUAUCUUGGUAGCUUCAUCAGGGCUGUCAAUACCGCAACAAUACCGCCUGCUACAGUAGCACCAGAUUCCUAACGCUGUACCAGAUUUUUCUUUUCUUAGUGACUUCAACGCCGUCUAUAGUCACUUAUAGAGUACGCGGCUCUCACUGGACUGAAUUUCUAAUCCGACAAGGUUCUAACGCAUGGAACUGUGAUGUCUCGUUGUUCAUUGUAAUGUUCGUAAAUGAUUAUUACAGAAUUGUAGAGUUCAAUAUGAUAAUUGCCAGCCCGCUAUUCGUGCAGAGAGUCAAUCGUUAGUGACAUCUGACAGAGAGAACAAACAAACAAACAAACGAACGUACACAUAUCGAUCUCUCCCAAAUAUCAACAUUUGGUAUACAUGACAAUUAAAACAAAGUUAGUGAUAUAUGAUGCAUGUCCAUAUCAAGUAACGUGCAGUGUCAAUUACAAAAUCUGUGUAAUGUCAAAACUGAUGUGGAUCCACAAAUCAUAGAAUCCCGUCGAUGUUUAAAAUCUAAUCAUAACCAUGUCCACGUGAUCACAAUAAGAUUCAGCAUCUGUCCCAUUUCUGCAGUACACAUUGCAGCUAUCAAACACUAAACAACCACACGCCCUGGUCACAGUGGUCACUUAUGCCAUGGAAUGAAAGCGUAUAACUGGUAAACAGGUCACUUAUGGUAAACAGGUCACUUAUGGUAAACAGGUCACUUAUGGUAAACAGGUCACUUAUGGUAAACAGGUCACUUAUGGUAAACAGGUCACUUAUGGUAAACAGGUCACUUAUGGUAAACAGGUCACUUAUGGUAAACAUGUCACUUAUGGUAAACAGGUCACUUAUGGUAAACAGGUCACUUAUUAUCUCUAAUAUCAAGGUACAUCACUGACAUCCGCUCGCUGUACGUUCUGAACACCGCAAUUCGACAAUUAGAAUAUAAGAGCAGAAAUACACGAGUAUGUACAGGGUGUUCGGAAAUUCCCGUUACAAACUUCUAAGACAUGUAGGGGGAGUAAGUGCAUAAUAUUCUUCAUAGGAACCCAUGUCCGGAGAAGUCAUCCAACGACACUACAUAGCUUCUAAGUUAUAGUCGUCGGCGCCUGUAAAUGUAUCUAUAUACAGGGUGAUUCCGUGGUAAUGUUACAAACUUUUCAGAAUGAUGAAAGAGGAUAAAUGUAUCAAUUUGAGGUAUGGGGCAUUGUAACGAAAAUGAAAGAGUCGGAAGUUAUAUGCGAAAACUGUUCUGAUACCUCUGACAGUCGAAUACGUGUGCUCUUCUAAGUUAUAGUCGUCGGCGCCUGUAAAUGUAUCUAUAUACAGGGUGAUUCCGUGGUAAUGUCACAAACUUUUCAGAAUGAUGAAAGAGGAUAAAUGUAUCAAUUUGAGGUAUGGGGCAUUGUAACGGAAAUGAAAGAGUCGGAAGUUAUAUGCGAAAACUGUUCUGAUACCUCUGACAGUCCAAUACGUGUGCUCAUACUGUUGUUAAGAUUGUCGGGUAGCAACUUUCAGAGGUGCUAGUAUGAACAGAAGCAAGAAAAAAUUUAAUAUGAACGUGGGGGCUCUAAAAGGCAUACCUUAACAGGUAUGAGCAGUUGUUCAACAGAGUAGAUGUGUUUCGUUAACAAUUGCUCGUAAUUGUAAUUUAGAGCCGAUAUUUACUGGAUUUUUCUCCUUGUUGCGGUCCAUACCACCACCUCUGAAAGUUACCUACCCUACAGUCUUAUCAACAACAGUACAGUACAUGCAUUCCACUGUCUGAGGUACCAUAACGGUUUUCGCUUAUAACUGGCAAUUCGUUCGUUUCUGGUACACGGACCUUACCUCAGAAUGAUACAUUUAUGCUUUUCCAUCAUCCUUGCAAGUUUUUAACAUCAUCACGGAAUCACCCUGCAUCACACUUAACAUGCGCCACCUCCCAUAAUUUUGACGCUCUGUAGCGUCGUUGGAUGACGUUUCCGGACAUGGGUUCCUAUUUAAAAUAUUUUGUACUCACUCGCUUCCACAAGUCCUAGAAGUCUGAAACGGGAAUUUCCGAAAUGUGUGUAGACUUGUGUAAUAUGUAAGAAACAUCAUGUAUCUAAUGUUACAUUUACAAUAUAUUACUAGUAUUAUGUUGUAGAUAUACAUUUGCUUGUUUGCCACCGUCUAUGGGCUCUAUGCCCGAAUAGUGGACUGGCAAUGAAUUAUUUUACGUGUAGCUCGUGGUGUACACCGAGCGUACUACAAUUUUAAAUUUAGUAACACGUAGCGCGCCCGCCGCAUCUGUUGGCUCUUGCGCGCCCCCCGCACCGCCCCCCGAAACUCGUAACUGAAGACUUGGCCAGCUCCAACACGAUCACAAUGAGAGCCAUUUUUCAUAGUAAGCCAACAGUAAGAUACUAUCAAUUCGUUAUGUCUCUGCUGCUAAGUUUCUCGGCUCUACUAUCUUAAAAGAGGACUCUUUCGCGAAUUAGCAACUGCAUGUUUCGAGGAUUGCCCCACGACAGAAUACUAUCACAAAUCAGCAUGCUAUUACCUUAAUCUUUAGUCAAUAACACGCUUAAUCGUUUCAUCCGAUAGUGACAAUAAGCUGCCUAGUUAAGAAAUAUUUGACAUUCGAGGGGACUGAAACCGAAAGGGAUAGGAGACGUAUGAUAUGAAAUCUUGAGGAGAUUCGGAUUCGAUUAUAUCUGGUACAGCUUCGCUCGUUUCUUGUUCUUGUUACUCUGUGAAGCCACUCCUGUUAAGCAAACGUAGGCAAACGAUUGAACGUGUAAGGAGUACAAUUUUGCGUUCGUUGUUUAAUUUGUUACGAGUUUGCAGUGGUCGACAAUGAAAAUGUUUUCGCAUUAUUUUUGCAAGCAAAUCGGUUUUGGGUUGUGUGUUUUUCCGUGUUUCGAAUUGUAUCGUACAAAAAAAAAUGACUGAAAUGCGUCGCUUUAAAAGACAAAGAAGAAGGAAGGGGUAGGGGUGGGGGAGGGGGAGAGGGAGAGGGAGAGAUUGAGAGAGGGGGGAGGAGAGUUUGCCCUUGGCGGCAGUUACCAUAGAGACGAGAGACGCCAAUGACGGUCACUACCCUCCAUUUCGUGCUGAUUUUGAAAAAAAGCUCAAACAAGUCUUCGUCAGCACCAUCUGAGACCACAAGCCAUAGUAUCUUUACAAACAUUGACGGUCACUCCAAGUUGCUCGGCAGUGAGCCUCGUCACGAAAAGAGAGCCAGUCAGGGUAUCGUACACAGUAUACACCCUCUGGAAAAUACGCUAACGUGCCAGACCAGGUUGUCGUGACGGCCAAGGGGUGGGAUGGGGGAUACGUAACGUUCUAAUAAGCAUCUCUCUCUCUGCUUUCCCACACGUUACGUGGAUAUCCGCAAGCACAGUAACCGCGUGAUCGUGCAUGACGACGAAGCAGCCACCAGAACUGUACGUAUCCCUUCGCUGCUAGUCGUUAUCCACCGACCAAUCAAGCGCUCGCUACCUGUCACCAUGUAAAUGCAGCAUUUGUGUGGUGCUUUACAUGUAACAAUCUCUUCUGUCACCUCUUAAAUAUUUUGGGAGAAUCUUGCAGAUAAACGACUGAUGAGUACUUACAUAUACAUAUUUUUUACUCUGAGGAGAAUUACUAGAACUAAUUAGCUUCAAUCGUUUAAUAACCGCUAUGUUGUUUCGUACAUACUUCCACCAACUUUAUUGUACAAAUUCCAUUGGGGUUGUCACAGCUCUAAUAGAGACGAAAAAAUUUCGUUUCUACAGUUCUAAUGAAUGACCUGUACUUAAUUUUCAAAUUAUUUUAACUCGACAGCGUUUAUAUUAAAUUUUAGUUAAACUGAACCUUGGCUGUUACCGUUCGACAGAACACCUUUAGUACUGUUUAUACUCUUAUAUAUACAAUUUCCAUUUUGUUAUACUUGAAAGACUGAAAAUUGGACAGAGCAUUUUCAGUAACAUCAAGAACGUAGUUUAAGUGUAAACUUGUCGCUUCGAGACUGCUGUUAUCCGAGAAGUGUUGCAACAAUCAGUUUCUAGUUCCAUCAGCAGAAUAUCGGGCCACCUCUGUUCUGUUAUCCUAAGCAAAACAAAUAUUUUAAUGAUUGUAAAGAGAUGAUGCAGCGAAUAAACAAAUCAGCAGUAGUGCAUCUUCUACAAAAACUAGGUCGCCCUUAGUUUCGUAGCACACGCGAGAGUUUAUAUGUAUCCUUUCCUUUCCUUUCGAUUCGUGUGGUACCUGUACCGUUAAAAUGAGAUGUAACUUUUAAUUUUACACAAAUUUUGUGUACUGCGGCUGUGAAUAGUCGGAACAAGUAUAAAAUCCUAAUCUGCGGGUGUAUAGUAUAUUCUAAUUUAAAUCGUCACACUAGGUUAGCACUUGUUUGACGCAACGCUUGAAAACUGCACGAAAUCGAAAAUACACAUAUGUGUAGGACUCUUCAGUGUCCUACUGUUGACCACAUCCGCACAUAGUGUGUGCCGCAAAGACUGCCAGCCUUUGGUGGAUCAAAAAGCUGUGCUUAAUGGCGCGUGUGCACUGUAGUAACGGACGUUACGCGUUCUGUACAUGUCUAUUGUCUAUAAAAAGAUGUUGUUAAAAUGUUUCCCUGUAUGUAUUUUUAUAUAUUUUCCUACUAAUUAUUCACGUAUUGUGCCUUCAAAAACUACUCCCGUUUCAGCACUUUUGUGUUAUUCUUGGAAAUGUCUACUUGUAGCUGUCAUACAAUGUUACAAAACGCUGUAAAAAUUGGUUCCCGAUAGUGAACAGACAUUAGUUACCAAGAAUCCUCUACGCUUGAAUGAAAUGUAAUCUGUUAACAAGAGAAUAUGCACUAUUCAGUGUUAUCUGUGAUAAUUUUACUAAUUACCUUGUUAUUCUAAAGUAUAGCUGUUUUGACUUACUUUUGUAAUUUUACUUAUUUUUCUAAUUUUUUUGUGAUUUGUGUUGUACUUAAUAUAGACGUUCAUUGUGCGUCUUAAGUGCCUGUUACAAAUUUGUAUCGUGUAACUAUUCUCUUAUAAAGACUACGUGCAAAAUAAUAAAGAGUGAUAUUCUUUC